ACUGAACAAAAAUUUCUGUAUCUGUCGUUGAGUGUCGCUCGCUAUCGGCGAAACGAAACGUUCAUAAAGUGAUAGAAUUUUUGUAAAGAAAAUUUGUUUUUUCUUAUCGCUUGGAAUAGAGAUAUGAAACUCGUAUUAUCUGAAUACUGUGCUGUUCGUUUAUUUUAGUGUUGAUUGUGAUGCGGAAGUGUGUUGAUUUUCUCUAAACGAUACUAGUGAAGUGAUUGCAAGCAAGCAAAUCCUAAAUUGCUUGUAUCUCCUUUAAUAUCGUGGUUUAUUUGUGACUACGUACGACAACAAGUAAAACGCAGUAUGCAAGCGAUUAAAUGUGUCGUAGUCGGCGAUGGUGCCGUCGGUAAAACCUGUCUGCUCAUCAGUUACACGACAAAUGCCUUCCCGGGUGAAUACAUACCUACAGUAUUCGACAACUACUCGGCGAAUGUGAUGGUAGACGGCAAACCAAUCAACUUGGGGCUAUGGGAUACGGCGGGUCAAGAAGAUUACGACCGCCUGCGGCCACUGUCCUACCCACAGACCGAUGUCUUCCUCAUAUGCUUCUCACUCGUCAAUCCGGCCUCCUUCGAAAACGUUCGUGCCAAGUGGUAUCCAGAAGUAAGGCACCACUGUCCUUCAACGCCUAUAAUCCUAGUGGGCACGAAGCUUGACCUUCGCGAGGACAAAGACACGAUUGAGAAGCUGAAGGACAAGAAACUCGCGCCCAUAACGUACCCGCAGGGUCUUGGCAUGGCGAAGGAGAUCACAGCGGUGAAGUACCUGGAGUGCUCGGCCCUGACGCAGAAGGGCCUGAAGACGGUGUUCGACGAGGCGAUCCGCGCCGUCCUGUGCCCCUCGCAGCCGAUCAAGUCGCGAAGUCGGAAGUGUAGUAUUCUGUAAUUUCGCCGCUGAAGUCACGUUACAUGAAUCAUGUAGCCAACGUCGACGCCAGUGUAAACAGCAUAGCUUUUAAACAUAGCGCACCAAAAGAACCGUCUCCACCUUGCAGUUGGACACAACAGUGUGCUAAACAAAUGGACUGCAAUAAAUGCAUACUUAGACGUUAAUUUUUACUGUUUAAUACAUAUUAUUAAUUGUAACGUGGGUUGGUGUGAGUGGAGUCCGUAAUGUAAUCGCUUUUAUAUAAUCCGAAUGAAUUUUAUGGGGCACUGACUGAGUCUAUGGCACUUGUCGUUUUUUAAUAUUGAAAGUAGGCAAUAACGUUACGUCGCGCGCGGUUCAUAUUAAAAACCUUAUGUUACAGUACCGUUAAAGGUAUGAUGCGAAAACAUUUUCAGUGACAUAAAUACUUUAUGCACGCAUAUAAUGCUCUUUAUUUUUUACAAUAUCACCUUAUUAUUUCAGUAUCAUACGAGUUUACCGUCACGAUAUAAUAAAAGCCAAAACUAUUCUAUAGAGACGCUUAAUUUUCUACGAUGAUUGGAAACGGAAUUCACCACCAAAAUACGUAUAGUAAACAUAUGUUUUGCGACUUUUAUUUUGGUGUUCUGGUCGUAAUCAUCGAAGGAAAGAAGUUGAUAUAAUCUAUUAUUUCUGAAUAUUCUAAUUUUCUUUAUACAUAUUUGAUUUACUAUUAUACUGUGAAUAUCUCUUAGUUUCUCAUCUGCGAGCGAUUAGAAAUUUGCUUGUUGAAGUAUGCCGAAUAUUUUCAAAUACGCAUCAUAUCUUAAUAGGGGUAUUGUGAACAAUCAGGAUCCUGUUUUAAUUUAAACGCUUUGUCCUCGCGAUAAGUUCAUACAAAUAAAAGUUACAUUCCUACAUUGUUGCUGAAAAUAAACUGUUACAUUCACUACAAAUUGUUCUUUUUCUUCUGUUUAUCUUAAUAUUGGUGAUUAAUAUGGAAUUGUUGAAAUUUGUGUUAGACAGAGAUUAUAUUUUUCGAUUUAUUAUUACUUAUUUUUGUUUCCCAUUGUUGUAUUUCAUGUGUAGGUGUCGGAUAAGUACAGUAUUUGUUAAGGGCCAUUUAUUUGAUUCGUGUUCAUAUUAAUGGGUCAAUGUAAGCAACCGGUAUAGGUCCAUUCGAUGUUUCCACAAUUUGAAUCGAUUAUCGAUUGGUUAAUACUGCUUGGGCUUCCGUCAAGGCUGAGGCGUCUUGUGUUGUCGAUGUUUGAAAUGUUGUGACAGCAUUUAUAAAUACUUCUGCAGUAUUUUUUUUUUUUAUUAUGAGAAACAUCAAAAAUUUUAUGUUAGAACCACACUCGCGUCUGUUGUAAGGAAGGUUCGCUUAGUCAUACGAAAAUAUGAAUUCACGUCAGUUAUUGUUCUUGUGCUUGUACAUUAGAGGUUUUGGCGCGUUAUUAAUUAUUUAUUUAUUUACAUAACAGAGGUACAGUUAUAAAUAUGAUGUUGUAAAAUUUGUAGUAUGCUCUGUAUUACAAUCAUGGGAUGCAUAGAUAUUAUUACAUAAUAUUUAACAAUAAUUAAUAAAUUGUUAAUGUAAAAAUUAUUAUUAUUAUUAUUGAGUUGACUGGAAGAGAUCUCUGUCAGAAACAAUACGAAACAAUGUAAUUUACAAAUGCAAUAAAGUAUAUAUAUAAUCUUUCAACUAUGUACUAUCGGACUUGCGUUGUUUAUUUAGAUUGACUUCACUUCCAAUGGAUUAUACUAUUAUAAACGUAAAAUAUUCUAAAAUGAAUAGUUGUAGGGCAUCAUUUAAAAAAAAAAAUUCGUCAAGGCUUUCAAAUCUAAAUAAAUAUCUAAAUUAUCUAGCCUCCUCUUAUUAGUAAAGUAUAAUAACUAACGAUAAAAUAUACCAACCUUAGGCACGAUAUUUCUCGUUACAAUGGAUUCAGGUGUGAUCCCAACAUAAAUCGUUUUAUUUUUCUUAAUCGAUUAUAAAUACCUUCGGUAUACAGGUCCUCAGCUUUGAUAGAACAUUAGUUUUAAAUACCGCAUAUUCGAUAUGUAAGCCUGCGUGUAUGAAUGGCCAAUACAUUAGAGAUACAUAUCGUCGAUGGAACUAGUUAAGCUGUAAGGGACGAUGCGCAUCGGCAAUUAAAUCGAUUCCUAAUCGAUAGUUCUGUAUAAAAAUCGAUUUGGCUACAGAUAAACGAUUGCACAAACUGCGUAGUCUAUGGUUAUGCCGUAUUGACACGAUCAGAGUAUACUCGGACCCAGUAAACUCGCACGAGUUCACACGAAUAGUAAUGAACACAAGAAACUAGUAAAUCUGUUAUAAACACUUGAUUUGUUAAAAUUUUCGAGUUAACGCAAUCUGAGUAGAAUUAGAUCAGAACGCCAUAACCCAGACUGCUCGAAUAUGAUUUCGAUUAUUCAAAUAGUUUGUAUAUACCAAGCUAGUGAUGUACUCUGAUCGUGUCAAUACGGUAUUUAGUACUACCCACAGAUGCAGCUAUAUGCUUCGCUUGGAGUUUUAUCGAUUACUUUUUAAUGAGACGGUGAUUAAAAACAUAAGUGACCGUUCUUAUUAGUCGUAAUUUACACCGUCUAGUUGAAAAAUGUAAUCGAUAUAUUAAUCGCCAAUAAAUUAAAAGUGCAUUGUAUUGAUGAACGGUGUACUGUGUAUCGCACAAUUCUAGCAUUACUCGUUAAUCGAGUCCAUACGGACGGCAUACGACGCUAUUCGUUCGUUUAGACUCGAUUUUGUAACUAACACUACAUUCCGGGACCAUAACGUGUUAGUUACUUUAAUAAAUGGGUUAAGUAAUAAAGAUACAAUACGGCGUCAAGCUUCUAAUUAUUACGAUAAGAAUAUUAAAAAAAAAAAAAACUAAUUCAUACAUAAAUAAAUUUUAUGAUUCUGGAAUGUAGUUUUUAGUAUUCAUGGGAGAUGGCAUUUUUCGCUGAAAAUGUGAUAACGGAUUUAGGCUUUAAUUGACUGCCGUGACUGGGCGGCCUCUAAGCUUUUCGGUUUCUUUCUAUUUUACUAAUGCUUUUAACUUUGUAAUACACCGUUUCUUAAUAUAAUAAAUGGCAUCAAGUUAAUUACAGUCUAAAUCCACUCCUAAAUAUAUGUUUAAACUAAGGUGAAAUAGUACACAUAAGUUUUCGUUUAAGGUGUGCAAUUGUUACUGCUUGCUUCAUGUUCCGACACGCGUGUAGUCAGUAGUGUUCUCGAGAAGCUUCAAAUCAAACGGAAUUCACAAUACCAAUAUGUUUGAAGCCAUGAUUAAGAGCGUUUUACCACAGCGUAUAAAACAGCGUUUGUCUGUUGUCUGUCCAUUUUGAAACUUAUUUCAACUAUUUAUUGAUGUCUCUUAUCGAUUAUUUUAAAAUUGGUUUUCGUUUACCCUAAAACGUUAAUCAUACAAUAAGUUGCACGAAAACUAAUCACUAUUUUGAUUUUGAAGUUUCUAUCAUCAAAUUAUUAAAUUUCAGUGACAGUUCUAUAGGAUAUUUAUUGCAAGGUUAAUAUUUACAUACAUUUGUUUGCUAUGAGAGCACAUUUGAAAUUUUUAUCAAAAGUCUAUGAAAUUGUUAAAUUGUUUUAGUUUUGACAGUUAAUACAAACGUCACUAGUGUUGUAAAUGGACCAUACGCUGACGCGUUUUUUUUUAUCUCUUUCACUACAGUUUGAAAACGAGAUAGAAUUUGUUGGCUUCAAUUUCGUGUUUACCGUGUUAUCUCCAUUUGCUUUUAAACUUCCUGACUGUAGACCUGACAAUUAUGAUGCCAUGGACACAAUUUUUUACUCUGUAGGUAAAACUAUGUUCUUCUAUACUUUAUCUAUGAUCUAUCAAUGAAAGCACCAACAAUUGCACAAAGCAUACAACUUAUGAGAUAACAUUUUAAUGUAUGUAUUGUUCAGAUGCAAAUAUUUAGAAGAAUCAGAAUGUAAAUAACGAUGAUUUAGUAUUAACUGAAAGUGUAUAAUCUAAUGCGCCAUUAUCUUUGGCGACGCAUUUUUUAUAUAACUGAAACCAUUGUAGGGGGCUUUGACUGUGCAUUUUUAUAUAAGUUGAAAAUUGUUAAAAAAAUUAUAAUACUUUUAUGUAUUCGAUUGUUUCUUUUUCUCGUAUGUAAUCUAAUGUAAGAAUUGGUAACUACAUUUUAUUGUAAGUAUAUAUUGAAUUUGAAUUCACACGAGCUAACAAUGAACAUGUUUUACACACUUAAUCUGUAAAUGGUUAAAUCUGCAUAGAAUCGAAUUCAUUAUUAACAGAGAUAAUUGUAAUUACGAUGAAUAAAUAAUUUAUUAUUUUAUUGCUUUACGAUUAUAAUUUAUUGACAUACGUUGUCAAUAAAUUAUAUAUACGAGUUUAGAAGUCGGGAAGAUAUACCAAGGUUAAUCUGUAGUACAUCAAUUAUUAAAACUGUCAGUUAAAAUAUUACUCUACGACUUGGUUGUAAGAAGCAAAAUCGGAUGAACUCUAAUGUAGUUUGAAAUUAUGUCACAAUUAUUUUAUGCUAAAUAAAAGAUUGUGUAUAAUAAUUCUCUUAGUACAUUUGAUAGAAUGGAACGUCUAAUCUGAUCUGUUAAUGAAGGCGACAAUUAUUGUAAAUGUAAGGUUUUUUUUUAAAUGCAGAUUUGUCUCAGGACAGAUUCUAAAAUGCUAUCAAUCAGAGGCACAUACUUAGACUUUGUCUCAAGAAUACAUACUAUAAGAAGUAUAACAGUGAAUCACUGUACAGCUGUAUCACUGCAUUGAUUGGGUAAUAUGAGCUUUGUGACUCAUAACUCAUAUGAAGAUGACAUUGUACCAUGUCGUUGUUAGCGAGUGAGUGACAUUAGCCUCGUUUUGUAAUAAUUUCUGCCAUAUAUACUGACGCAUUGUAUCUAUCGGUGUUCACUACAUAACCAUAUAUGCUAAAACAUAGUAUUCAUAUAUAAAAAUAUGCUAGCAUCCUGUUUAGAUCUGAGUGCUUCUGCUGUAAUUUGUUAUAUAAUACAAAAGUGGGAUAAUCAGAUUUUUAACUAAAUACUUGAAACCCUUAGGCAUUUAUUACGUACAUAAUAAUUAUAUGAAUAUAAAAUAUGGAUGUGAAAUUUUAAAAGCAGUAUAUUAAAAAUUGAAAUGUAUACAGAAGAGCUCUAACUAAAACGAUGCGGUAUUUUUUUAAUUAUCCCGCCUAUUUUAAUGUCCACUGUUAUCCGUAUUUAAUCCGUAAAUUGCUUGUAUAAUAUUAUUUUUAUACAAAUGAAAUUGGAUAAGGAACUUGUGUCGUAUUAAAAUGCAAUCGAUAGAUAAGUAUAACGCUGUCGGUAAUUCUUCCAAAUAUUGUAAAGCCUCUGAAUAAUUCAAAUUAUAUUUAUAUUAACUGUUCAAA